CCAUGAAAGUCCUGGUGGUCAUCUGCGUUGUCCUGGCCGUUGCGGCCGCCGGCCACCACUCGCACACCGCUGGCGAGUCGAGGAACCUGGGACAGCAGGAUGCGCUCCAAUACUGCAUGAAUUUGUUGGCCCCCUACGCCAAAUAUGCUGGUGAUUUCUUGAGAAAUAUCCCUGGCUUCACGCCGGGCGGUGACCACCAUCAAGCCUACGAUCAAAACGCCAAUUACGACGCCAGCGUCCUCUUUACUCCUGUUGUCGGCUCGUUUAGCUACUUGGACCUCCGUGGUGUGAACCGGACGAUCAAUUUCUCUGCGGACAAGUCUGGCUUCCACAUAACUGUGGACCCCCACACGGAGGUGACCACCAGCGAUGGCGGCUACCGCAAGUAGCACGCACGGCCCGGAGGGCGUGUCUUACUCCUACAGCUCUAUUCGCCCGAACCGCUUCCUUACUUUCGCCUGUUUUGGUAAGCGUUAUGUGCGCUGCUCACCUGCGAGCAAAUGCAAAGUUUGCAUCUCUGACUCGCUCCCAAACGAUCUGCUUGUGCUCAUUUGCCGUUACACCAGAGCCCACCAGUGUUUGGUGCAUUCUGUCAGCAUGAUGCCCUGGUCGGUAUUUACAGCUUACCGAGCUCGGUUGGAAAGCGUGGUAUAAAGAUCUGGAUCAUUUUUGA